GUUUGUUUGUACGUGUAUUGGUCUCAUCUCCCAAUUCACAUAUGGCUACCACCGAUCCGCCAUCUUCCGCCGCCGGCAGUGACAAGCUGCCUCGAUCGAUUUUUGACUUGAAUGUGGAUUUCUUUGACUCCUGUGGCUUGUUGAAUCCUUCGGUCCGGUUAGGACCAGUGCUUUCACCCGCUUUGGAUCCGGAGGAGAGUUCGAGUUCGAGUUCGAGGGAGGGCAGCGGCGUCAUUUUGGAUAGAUGGACAUGUAACACUUGUAAAAUCGAGUUCGUCUCCCUUCACGACCAACGCUCCCACUUCAAGUCCGAUCUCCAUCGCCUCAACAUCAAGCUGAGUGUUGCUGGAAAGGCUGUUUUGAGGGAAGAAGAUGUUGAUGAGCUGACAUCUGAGUCCGUCCAAGACUAUGAUGUGUCUAGUAUCUCUGGAUCAGAGGACGAAUCUGAGCAAAGACCACCCUUCUUCCAUGCUUUUCUUGAUAAAAAGAAGCUCUUUAUUCGCCUUCAAAGCGGUGACAAGGUUUCUAUCUGGAAAAGCUUAAUCAUGGACGACGCUGAAAGAGUUUCUUACAAGGAUGACAGAGGAGGACUUUCUCUUGAUGAUUUUUAUGGGAGCUUGGCCGACACUGAUGUCACUGAGAGGCUUAGGAAUUUUGUUAAUGCGGAUGAUAGGCGAAUGUGUGUCGUGUUGCUUGCAAGUGGUGGCCACUUUGCUGGGACUGUCUUUAAUGGAAAGUCCGUUGUCGCUCAUAAGACAUUCCACAGAUACGUUGUAAGAGCCAAGGCUGGGAAAAAGCAGUCCACAAAAGAUGGGAGCGGGGGAAGUAUCCACUCUGCCGGUGCCUCCCUUCGUCGUUAUAAUGAACUUGCUUUGAAAAAGGAUAUACAAGAGCUACUUGCUAGCUGGAAGCCUUAUUUUGAUGGCGCUUCUUGUGUUUUUGUCCAUGCUCCCUCUAGCAGUAGGCAACUUCUUUUCAAUGCAGGCAAGCCCUACUUUAGCAGCCAAAACUGUGCUGUACGAAACGUUCCAUUUACUAUCCGGCGGCCAACCUUCAAAGAAUCACAGCGUAUAUAUAAUCAGUUGACUCAGGUUGCAUAUGUAACUGAGGAGAUUUUUGUUAAUCCACCAGAAGAAGAAGCCAAAGCUAAUAUCGUGGUGCACACUCACACUGAGGAUUCUGUUGAAAUCUCAAGACAGGAUGAAACUUCUUCGACCAGAAUAAUCUUAGGGGAACCAAAUGUUAUAGAAGAGGAUCUCGGAGAUGUAGUUACUGGUACGUCAACUCCAUUACACGAAGCUGCUAAAUCUGGUGAUUGUGAGAGAGUUGGGAAGUUACUGGAGGAGGGUAUGGAUCCUUGUGCUAAGGAUGAAAGAGGCAGAACGCCAUACUUGCUUGCAAAUGAAAAGGAAGUCAGAAACGUUUUCAGGCGGUUUAUGGCUUCAAACCUUGAAAAAUGGAAUUGGCAUGAUGCUAAAGUACCCAGCCCGCUCACCAGCGAGAUGGAGGAAUCUCAAGCUGCUAAGCAGGCAGAGAAAGACGCCAAGAAGAAAGCAAGAGCAAAAGAAAUGAAGAAACUACGAAAAGCCCGAGAAAAGAAGGCUCAAGCAGAAGCUGAGCAGGCUGAGAGGGAGAAACCCAUCUCUAAAGUGGAGGAAGUGAGAAGAGCAAUGGCGGCCGAGAGGGAAAAGAGAGCAGCGGCUGCAGAAAGACGGAUGGCAGCUCUUAACCUUCAAAGCAGUUCCACAACAACACCAUCAUCAUAGGUAGAGCGACGACGAGCAUUAAACUCACAUUCUGUUCCAAAAAAAAAAAAAUUCCAUCAUCCUGGUUUCAAAUAGGCUUUUUAGAUAUUAUAGCUCUUGCCGAGGUUAUGUAAACAAUAAAUAAUAAUUUUUUUUGGUAUUAAGUUCACAUAUUUUGUCGUCUAUUUUCCCAUAAUUUUUUUUUCUUUUGGUUCCGAUAAAAAAUUUAAACCAAAUUGGUUUACAAAUAUAAGCA